UUCGGCAAUUCUGCAACACGCAGUGUCGAGCUACAGCAAGGAAAUCAAUCAGCUCUCAUUUACGACUCCAUCAAACGAGCUGCUACAGCCCAUAGUCACGUGCACAAAGAUCACCCUGGUGGGGCUGGGAAAACACACUUUAUAGUUGUAUUCCGGCUUGUUUAUGCUGCGGAUCUGUGAUCAACUCAGUCACAGAAGAAUUGGCGCUGCAAGAAGACGUAUCAAUUUCGGGGUACUUCUGUGCGUGUUCUGGUGCGAAUCGGAUGUGAACUAUCCACCCAGUUCGAACGAUUUCGGUAAAUCGGAUGUCACGGUGUUCGGUGUGUCGCGGGUGUUUUUAACGGCUGAAAAAAACUGAUAUCACUCAGUUCCAAACUCACCCAGUACAAAGCGAGUGUUGAUUCGAUACGCGUGUGUGCUUUGCGUCGUGCGUGUGCGGCUCGAUCGUUGAACAAUUGUUAUGACCGGCUAGUUCCACUCUCCGGUGAAAUCAUCCAUAAUUAUAUUCACCCGGCUGCCUAAUUGGCUCGAAGGAUAGCUGGAAAAUUCAUAUCGGAAACCAGACUCAAAAUCGGCAGCUCGAGCACAGAUCAUAGCAACGUCGAAAACAAUCUGAGGCUCACCCACGAUGUCUUCGGUUCCAGUAUGGCUAGUUGCUGCCCUGUGUGUCGUCGGUCUGCUGCUUUCCUUUGCCGAGGGAACGAAAGAGCCGGAAAUCGAUCUCAAAGUUGCUACUCAUGCUCGAAAGGCUGACGGUAAAGUUCCUAAAGGCUCAAAUUUCGCUGAAUCUAUUAUGUCCCGAGAGAGGAAGGGCUCCCUCAAGCAGGCUGAAAUUUUCCCCCGAAAAGAGUUGCAGGAACACGGAAAAUCACCAAAAUCAAUGUACGACAAAAAAUAUUUUGACUAUCUGUCAACGGAAGUAAAGGACUCAACGGGUGCGGUGGGUUUAUCGAAACGAAUUAACAGCCGCAGAAUUCGUCGCAAUGCUGAUCAGAAGCAACAGACACGAACGAGAAGAAACGGUAUUUGGUACGUAGAACCGGUGGGAGCUUAUUCCUUCGUAAUGCCUCAGCGCGUCUAUCCGAACGACUGGAGGCUACAAUACGACCCAUACGAUCUGAGUUAUAGGCCAAACUUGCACAACCAAUAUCUGCCGCCUGUCACCCGGCCCGUAUAUCCGGAACAACCGACCGAUGCGCCCCUUGGUCCGGGUUUCGAAGUCGAUCCAGGUACAAGAUUCGGUGAAAAUCCCAAUACCGUACCCAAUACGUUCGCCUUUGAUAUUGUGUACGAUCAGAGCCGGGACCGCACAUAUACGCUGAUGAGGACUACCAAGAAGACGCCAGGCGCAACCACUCCGAAUAGUAUUUAUGAUAGACCAGUUACAACAACCAGACCGCCAUUUACUCCUGGGCCAGUGAGAGUUAUGCCCCAAACUACCCAAGGUACCACUACCACACCUCGGCCAUCGAUUCAGCACAAUAGUGAGGAUGAAUUUGAUUGGUCCAGUAUCGGACUCUCCGUCGGUGGUGGAGUCGGAAAUAGAUUAGGCACUGACGCAGACGGACAAAAUAACAAAGUUUCAAACCCCGACAACAGACCUACAGCUACAAACGGGAACACACCACAAGGAUCAAACCGAAAUGGACCUAGCAAGUGCACAUGGGCCAUUGCCAACUGUUGCAGUCACAAUUCAGAUAGAAUUCGUUACUAUUGCUUUGAGCAGAACCAGUGCUUUGGAUCGUUCUGGGGCGAUAAUGUUUGCCGGCGUUACUACCAAGAAGCUUUGCGCGAAAUAGAGAAUUUCUACAACGUCUAGUUUUUCAUCUUAGUCGCUUCAUAUUAGACUAUCACAAUGGCUAUUUCCGGAUUGCAUUCAAUAAGUUUUCUGUAGAAGUAUAGCAUUGAGAUUAAUAUCAUGAAAUAGAGUUUUCGGUAAUAAAAUCAGAGGCGUAAAACAUAA